AUGAGUAUUUUCUUUAAUAGAAAAGAACCCUCUUUAUUUUUAUAUUUUUUUUUUAAAAAUGUGAGAAAUAUAUAUUCUUUUAAACAUAAAUAUAAUAUAAUAUUAUAUAAUAACGUUAUAAAAAGGAGAAGUCAGAAAAAGGAACUAUUUGAUCAGGUGUGUCAAAGAAAGUGUUUUACAAGUUUAGAGUGUGAAGAAAUAAAUAAUGAAAAUGAAAGAGAUGAAGAAGACAAAAAAUUUAGUGAUGACAAUAAUAUUAGUGAUAAUGACAAAUAUAAUGAAGAUGAAGAAGAUGAUAAAUAUAUAAAAUCCUUUUAUGAAAUAUAUGACAAUAAUAAAGAUACUUAUGAUUGCCCUAAAGAACUAAUGAGGUUUAUUAUAAAAGAACAUAUGAAUGUAAAGAUAAAAAUAAAAUGUUCUAGUCCUCGGAAUAUGAAAAAAUCAGAUGUUAAAAAUAUUAUAAAUAAUAUGUUUGAAAAAAGUAAUAUAAAUCAACCGAAUAAUAUAAACAAAGAAAAUAAUAUACACAAUGAUAAAAAUGAAAUUCAUAAUAAUCCAGAUGAAAAAAAUUAUGAUAUAUAUUAUUUAUCAUCAAGUUUUAAAAAUUAUAAUUACCCUGAAAGGAAUGUGUUAUGGCCAAAUCCGUUAGUAUAUAAUCAUCGUUUGCAACCUUUUAUUUUGAAAAAAGAAAAAGAAGAAAAUGUAAAUGAUAUGAAUAAUAAAAAGAAUACAAAUAAUUUAAAUGACAAUUUUGAAAGAGACAAAGAAAAUGUAGAGAGAAAUAAAAAGAGGCUAGAAAAUUUAUGGUCUUAUAGUUCAAGUUAUGGUGUUGAUUGGAAUACACUAGAUGAAUUAUAUUUAGAUUUUAAAACCAAAAAAAAUGAACAUCAAAAUGAAUGGGAAAAAAAUAAAAGUAAAAUUAUGCUUUAUGCUUCUAAAGUAUGUAAAAGGAAAUUAAUAAAUAGCCGAAAAAAAUUACUAAACGAAUUAAAUAUUGAUUAUUCAAAUAAUAUAUAUGCUAACUAUGAUGAUAGUGCUAUCAAAAAUGAAGAAAUAAAUUUAGAUGAAGAUAAUACUGAGUAUAAUUUGUUAUUACCUCGAUCCAUUUUUAGAAAAUGGACACGCACGCUAUAUUAUUAUUGGAAAGAUAAAUAUAUGCAUUACUAUCAUAAUACUCUUUGUGAUUACUUGAAAGGUGAAAUUGUAGACCUACAACUUUUACGAGAACAAAAUGAAAGAAAUUUAAAUAUAUCAAAUAAAAAAAUGAUGAACAAGCAUACUUAUAAUUUAAAACCAGUAACUGGAUCUAACUUAUAUAUUACAAGAUAUAUAAAAAGGAAAAACAACAAUGAAGAAAAUGAUGAUACAUUUGAUCUUACGGGAGUCGGCGAAAAUAUAUACAAUAUGGUUAAAAGAGAAUAA